CAAUGGCCAAUCUCCCUUCUCUUCUAGGAAUUGUUAGGUUACUUUUGCUAAUGACUACCAUAAACAAAUUUUGCUCAGCUAGAACUCUUAGUAAUCCAACCCCUAAUCGCUACCAUGGCCAUCAUAGAAUAACAUUUUUAAUGAAGCAUAUGCUCAAUGAUACACAUCCUAAUAUUAAUACAGAGAAACCUUCCACUACUAAGGUAACAAAUCAAUUACCUUUUCCAAAACCUCUAGGAUUUUUUCCUCCAAAUGGAGGGAUUCCAAUUCCACAAUCAACUCAAACACAAACACUUGAUCUUUCCACCAUUGGUUUCUCUUUUCCUACAAGAGCAGCAUUUCAAGAGCUGGAAUUUGGAUCUGUAACAUCGAUCGACGAGGAACUACUAGUUGAAGGUGAUCAUGAAGAUGAACUAAAGAAACUUGGAAAAGCACAAGGGGUAUAUGUAGCUAGUGAAGAGGAUGCAAGUAGCCAUAUGGUUGCUAUGACAGUGAGUUUUCUGAAAGGUGAGUAUGAAGACGGGUUGAGACUUUUUGGAGUUCAUAGGAGUGAUGUCUUUGAGUCACAUGUUGCAGUUAUUGGUGGCAUUGGAAAGUACUAUGGUGCUAAUGGCUAUGCUGUUGUUAAGGUUGUGGAUAAAGUAGGGUCUAGUACAGUAGAAGGAAAAGUUACAAGUUCUAAGUUCCUUCUGUAUGACGUGUAUUUUAGUUAGUGCUUAGUAGUAUAUCUUUAAAAAUCAGUCCAGAUUGUGCUUUCUGUUUUUCUCUAUAGUGUUGAAAUUUUACUUAA